AGCAUUCCUACACAAGCAAAGGCGGCUUUCAUCCCUCCAGCUCUACAUAGUCGCUUCUACCUCCAUGGCCACUUCUAUCCCCAUCUCAACUAUGCUAGUGUGCGUUUUACUUCUCCAGCUUGCCCAUGCAAGGCUCCUAGUGGAGGACGAAAACACACUCGAUGACAGCAAGUCGUUCUCCAUCAGAGGUGGCAGCGGGAAGGGUGGUGGCCGGGGUUUCGGUGUGAUUAUCAGCCAUGGAGGGCACGACACAUCCAUUGCUAUCGGCGGUGGGUUUGGAGGAGGAGGUGGUACUACCAGUGGUGGUGGUGCAAGUGCAGGCGGUGGAGCAGGGGCAGGUGUUGGCAUCGACGUGGGGCGUGGUGGGGUGGAUGUCGGGAUUGACGGCGGUGGAGGUGGGGCCGCUAGCGCCAGCGGUGUGCAUGUGGGAGGUGGAGCUGGAGGUGGUGUCGGUGUUCACGUUGGACGUGGUGGGGUGGAUGUGGGGAUUGGCGUCCGUGGAGGUGGAGCUGCUAGCGCCGGCGGUAUGCAUGUGGGAGGUGGAGCUAGAGGUGGUGUCGGUGUCCACAUUGGACAUGGUGGGGUGAAUAUAAGCCCCGGAGUUGGCAGUGCUGUUGGAGGAGGUGAAGGUGGCGGGAGCACUGGUGGUGGCAGUGGUGUUGGUCGUGCUGGUAAUACAGUGGGCGAUGGCGCAGGUUUUGCUAGUUUAGAUGGCAACGGCGGAAGAGGAAGUGGCAUUGGAGUUGGGUCGAGCAGUGGAGGUGUCGCUGGUGGCUCCGGCAAUGGCGGCGGACAUGGUUGAUCGAUUAUGUUAACUUUAAGAAAUAGAAAUGGAUACAUCAAGAUAUAUUACCUAUUGGUUUUGUGCUAAGUCAAACUUUGUAAACUUUAACCAAGUUUCUACUUUUUUGGCAAAACUAGCACUACUUCAGUAGUUCAGUGUUGGAGCUGCAACUCGCAGCUCCUUCUUCUACCUCGAGCCUUCAACUUAAGUUCAUUUCAAAAAUCGAUGUACAAAAUAUGAGAAUAAUGUGUUCCUAGUGGAUCUUAUCCAUUUGUGGAAUAUCGGAAAAAGCAAAGAAUGGUAAGAACGUGUAGUUUCUCCAUAUUUGUAGCCAUGACCAGACAAUCAAACAAAAAUCAAUUAACCAUAAAAAUGUC